AUGCCUGUGGUGCUGAGCAGCGGAGGACAUGCCCCCCCAGCAGGGCAGGCCCCUCAGGCCACACCCCCCAGCCAGCAGGGUGUGGCUGGUGCUGGACGUUCCCAGGAUGAUGCCAUGGUAGACUACUUCUUCCAAAGGCAGCACGGAGAACAGCCUGGCAAACACCGUUGGCCCACCGGGGACAACAUCCAUGACAGUCAGGUGCGGUCCAUGGAUGAGCUUAACCAUGACUUCCAGGCUCUGGCUUUGGAGGGACGUGCAAUGGGAGAGCAGUUACUCACUGGAAAGAAGUUCUGGGAAGCUGACGACUCCGGGAAGGACGGCCCUAAAGGGAUCUUUUUGGAUCAGUGGAGGGACAGUGCAUGGGGCGCAUCUGAUCAUUCGGUUUCCCAGCCAAUCAUGGUGUCCCGUCGGCCAGGGCAGGGUUUCCAUGGAGGAGGCGAAGUUGGUGUGGGAUCAGUCAUGUCCCCGCGCUCAGAGAGUGGAGGUCUGGGUGUUAGCAUGGUGGAGUACGUCCUUUCCUCUUCACCAGCUGAUAAACUGGACCCAUGUCUUCGCAAAGGGCCUUAUGGUCAAAGGGAUGGAGAGGGUGAGGAGGAAAAGCGCGAAAAGCCGAAAGCAGCAUUUGAAGGAGAAAAGCUGAAGGAGUUAACUGAAGUAGAAGCUGACGUUAUUAACGAUGUAAUCAAUCCCAAUGGACUACCUGUACAAAAUGGCCUCGAUGUGGAUGUCAAAGAGUUUGGUCGCCCUCCAGUUAACAUGCAGGCACCUGGCCCUGAGGGAGACUUGCUCGGAGGUCCUGGUGGUGUGGGGGCCGAGGGUCUUGCUCCUUUGGGAGGUGGUGGUCCCAAACCCCCAGAAGACUUCUCUGUUGAGCAGGGUGGUGUUACCAUGGACCCCAUGGAGUCAGUGAUGGAGCCACUGCAGUUUGACUACAACUCUCAGAUGCAGAUGGACUCUGCACCCACUGUGGGUUUAUUUGAUUACACCAACCAGCAGCAAUUGUUCCAGAGAAAUAAUGCCCUUGCCGUACAGCAGCUAACUGCAGCGCAACAGCAACAGUAUGCCUUAGCAGCUCAGCAACCGCAUAUUGGUCUGGCCCCAGCCUUUGUGCCCAAUCCUUAUAUAAUCAGUACUGGACCUCCUGGAACAGACCCCUAUGCAGCUGGACUAGCAGCAGCAGCCACUCUUGGUCCAGCCGUAAUGCCUCCCCAGUACUAUGGUGUCACCCCUUGGGGGGUAUAUCCAGCCAACCUGUUUCAACAGCAAGCUGCUGCAGCCAAUAACUCAGCCAAUCAGCAGGCAGCAGGCCAGGGGCAGCAGAACCAGCAACAGGUAAUGCGUGCUGGGGGAAACCAGCGGCCUUUGACUCCAAGUCAAGGUCAACAGGGUCAGCAGAAUGAUCAGCUCGUGGCGGCUGCGGCGGUGAACUCGGCUCUUGCGUUUGGUCAGGGUUUGGCUGCAGGUGUUCCUGGUUACCCAGUGCUGGCUCCUGCAGCGUACUAUGACCAGACGGGCGCUUUGGUAGUAAACACCGGAGCUCGAAGUGGUCCCGUCCGCCUCAUGGCUCCGGCCUCUGUCAUCAUAUCUCCCUCUGCGCAAGCGGUGGCAGCCGCGGCCGCCUCAGCAGGUGGUGCCAACGGUGGACUGGGUGGUGGUGCCAAUGGUCCUUUCCGUGCCAUGACCUCACAGCAGGCUCAGCAGCAGGGUGGUCCAGGGGGAGCUUUGGGGGGCAGCUCCUUCUAUGGCUCCUCCUCCAUCAGCUCCUCCUCACAGAGCUCCUCACUGUUUUCUCAAGGCUCCGCUCAGCCCGGCCCAGGGUCUGCUUCUCUGGGUUUCAGCCAGCCAGCCUCCUCUUCACUCGGGGCCACUCUAGGAACCCUGGGGGGCUUUGGAACGGCAGUGGCUAACUCUAACGGUGGAAGUGGGUCCCGAAGGGACUCUCUAACGGGAAACAGUGAGCUGUACAAACGAACAGCAUCAAGCCUCACCCCGAUCGGCCAUGGAGGCUUUUAUAACGGCACCUUGGGUUUCAGUCCUUCUCCUGGACCUGUAGGAAUGCCUUUACCCAACCAGGGUCCCUCCCAUUCACUCACCCCUCCACCCUCACUGUCCAAUCACAGUUCCUCAUCCAACCUUAAUCUCGGAGGCCUGACCAAUGGUAGUGGGCGAUUCAUAUCCGCAGCCCCCGGAGCCGAGGCCAAGUACCGUAGUGCCGCCAGCUCAGGCUCCUCCCUCUUCUCCCCCAGCAGCCAGUUGUUCCCAUCGUCACGGCUACGCUACGGCAUGUCGGAUGUGAUGCCAUCGGGCCGAAGUCGUUUACUGGAAGACUUCAGAAACAAUCGUUAUCCCAACUUGCAACUCCGAGAUAUUGCUGGCCACAUAAUGGAGUUCAGCCAAGACCAACACGGAAGCAGGUUUAUUCAGUUAAAGCUGGAGAGAGCCAGUUCAGCAGAGCGCCAGCUUGUCUUCAGUGAGAUAUUGCAAGCGGCGUACCAACUUAUGGUGGAUGUCUUUGGCAAUUAUGUCAUUCAGAAGUUUUUUGAGUUUGGGAGCUUGGACCAGAAACUGGCUUUAGCUGAGAGGAUUCGAGGCCACGUCUUGUCGCUGGCGCUGCAGAUGUACGGCUGCAGGGUCAUUCAGAAAGCUUUGGAGUUCAUCCCUUCAGACCAGCAAGUCAUUAGCGAGAUGGUCCGUGAGCUGGAUGGACAUGUCCUGAAGUGUGUGAAGGACCAGAACGGUAAUCAUGUGGUGCAGAAGUGUAUAGAGUGUGUCCAGCCGCACGCGCUGCACUUCAUCAUAGACGCCUUCAAGGGACAGGUCUUCGCCCUCUCCACUCACCCGUACGGCUGUAGAGUCAUCCAGCGCAUUCUCGAACACUGCCUUCCGGAGCAGACGCUGCCCAUCCUGGAGGAGCUCCAUCAGCACACAGAGCAGCUCGUGCAGGACCAGUAUGGCAACUAUGUGAUCCAGCACGUUUUGGAGCACGGCAGAGCUGAGGACAAGAGCAAGAUAGUGGCAGAGAUCAGAGGCAAUGUACUGGGAUUAAGCCAGCACAAGUUUGCCAGUAAUGUGGUGGAAAAGUGUGUGACCCAUGCAUCUCGAGCCGAGAGGGCAGUGCUGAUUGACGAGGUUUGCAGUCUGACUGAGGGCCCCCACAGUGCCUUAUACACCAUGAUGAAGGACCAGUAUGCCAACUACGUAGUGCAGAAGAUGAUCGAUGUGGCUGAACCCACACAGCGCAAAAUCGUAAUGCACAAGAUCCGGCCCCACAUCUCGACUCUGCGAAAGUACACAUAUGGCAAACACAUCUUGGCCAAACUGGAGAAGUACUACAUGAAGAACGGUGUCGACCUGGGUCCUCUUUGUGGUCCUCCGAACGGGAUCAUAGUGCCGUUCCCCUUUCCCCUCUUCGUCUCUUACUCGCCGAGGAUACGGAGUACCCCUCAAUUCCCUGUUUCCAUGACAACCUUACAGGAGGAGCCUUCGUCGCGUAGUCGUUUGCCCCUCCCCCCUCCGAGCCCCGGCCUGCUGAUCUGGGGCAAGGAGGGAGCGGGCAGAGGGGGCAUCCUCGCCCUGGCUGCUGUAAAUCCCCCUCCUCCAGACUCUGAGGCGCACACGCACAGUCCUCCUGACAGACUCCCAGGCCAGGCACGGACCACAUACGGAACAUCCUGCCCUCGACGCACGGAGAGGGGGAGGAGAAAGAGCGAGGAGGACGGCGGCUUGUGCGCUGAAGUUGGACAGACUCCCCCACAGAGACCAGCAGCAUUUGUCCCCCCACCUCCUCCUGAACCUCGAGAAGGCAGCGGCGGGAGGCUCAUCAUGAAGCUGCCUCGACUCCUGGCGCUUACGGCUCUGCUGGUUCAUGCGGCCGCGGCGCAGACUUGGACGCAAAAUGACGACGAGGGAUCAACGAGAGACGAAUUCUACGAUGACGAAGACCUCUACUCGGGCUCCGGCUCUGGCCUUCCUGAGAUCAGUGUGCGGCCGACCUCCGUGAGCGUAUCUUUCACCACAGAAGAAGCCCUCAUCCUGUCCACCACGCAGGCCACCAGCCCCGCCCCCUCCGCGUCCCCCGCAGCGGAGCCCAGUCCAAACCCAGAUCCCACCACUGUCAGCACCACGAUACAGCCCACCACGGAGGCCGAUGGGGAGAGCGGCAUAUUCUGGGAGGUGGAGAAAGAGCGCGAGCUGGAGAAAGAGCGUGAGCUGGAGAACGAGCGCGAGAGGCAGAGGGAGCUGGAGCGGCAAGCCGAGCGCGAGCGAGAACGCGAACGAGAGCGCGAGCGAGUCCGCGAGCUGGAGAGGGAGAAGGAGCGAGAGCGUGAGAGGGAGCUGGAGCGGCAGAGGGAGAGGGAGAAGGAGCGUGAGCUGGAGCGCAUCCGGGCCGCCGCGCAGACCACCGUCGCCCCCGUUGUGACCACCAACCCGGCCACGAGCACCGCUGAGACCCCCUCUGCUGGACCGGAGGACCUGGGCACCACAGAGGAAGAGGAUGAUGAUGUUUACCUGUCGCCGGAGCCCACGUCACCGUUCGCAGGGCUCGACACAGAGUUCACCACAGACGCCCUCAUCACCACAGCGGCUCCCACACCAGAGCCCACCACCACUGCAGCCACCACCACAGUCAGGACCAGGGUGCCCUUCAGACCCCGGGUUCCCAUUACCACAGGAAGCACCAAGGCCUCACCCACGAUAAGAACUCAGCAGCCCACCACAACCCAGGAGACCAACAACGAGGUGGGUGUUGGCGGUACAAUUGAAGAUUUCGAGGUUUCGAAGAACCGUAAUAAUCUGGGAGAAGGGCCGCCAGUGGAGCCAGAUCUGAUUGGAAACACUGUGGAUGGGGGGAGUUCUGCAGCCCAAUUACCACAGAAGAAUAUCCUGGAGAGAAAAGAAGUUUUGAUAGCGGUGAUAGUCGGAGGCGUGGUGGGGGCGCUCUUUGCUGCAUUCCUGGUGAUGCUUCUGGUCUACAGGAUGAAGAAGAAGGACGAGGGCAGCUACACACUGGAGGAACCCAAGCAGGCCACAGUGACCUACCAGAAGCCAGACAAGCAGGAGGAGUUUUAUGCAUAG